CAUUGAAUCAGGACUCUUAUUCACUAGCUAACAUUUACCUAGCCUAUCGCCAUUUCGGAAUAAAAAUUUGGUUUUAGAGUGAUUGACAUUUGCUACUCUCAUUGCUAUUUAUAUUAUUACCUAUUGGGAACAAAUUUGGUGUUCGAAAUAAUAAGUAGAAAAAUGGGCGAAGAUUUCAAUGGAGAUCGGGAUCGCCAAGACCGUGAUAAGGAUAGAGACAGGGACAGGGACCGUGAUAGGAGACACAGAUCUCGCAGUAGAGAUCGCAGGAAACGAUCUCGUUCACGUUCUAAAGAUCGAAGAGAUCGAAAAAGAAGUAGUUCACCUAAGAAGGGCCGUAGUUCUAGGAGGAGAAAACCGUCUCUUUAUUGGGAUGUUCCGCCACCAGGAUUUGAACACAUUACUCCCUUACAGUAUAAGGCAAUGCAAGCUGCGGGACAAAUACCAGCAAACAUUGUGGCAGAUACACCACAAGCAGCUGUACCAGUUGUUGGUAGUACGAUAACUCGACAAGCAAGGAGACUGUAUGUAGGAAACAUUCCAUUUGGUGUGACCGAGGAAGAAAUGAUGGAGUUUUUCAAUCAGCAAAUGCAUCUGUCUGGACUUGCUCAGGCUGCUGGGAACCCAGUAUUAGCAUGUCAAAUCAAUUUAGACAAAAACUUUGCUUUCUUAGAGUUCCGAUCAAUAGAUGAAACAACGCAAGCUAUGGCAUUUGACGGUAUCAACUUUAAAGGACAAAGCUUAAAAAUAAGAAGACCCCAUGAUUAUCAACCAAUGCCAGGAAUGACUGAUAAUCCAAGCAUGAACGUGCCAGGUAUGGUUCCUGAUUCUCCACACAAGAUCUUCAUUGGUGGUUUACCCAAUUAUUUGAACGAAGAACAGGUGAAGGAGUUACUGAUGAGUUUUGGACAACUGAGAGCGUUCAAUCUAGUAAAGGAUUCAGCUACAGGUCUAUCCAAGGGUUAUGCAUUCUGCGAGUAUGUUGACGUGUCAAUGACUGAUCAAGCAAUUGCUGGUUUAAAUGGAAUGCAGCUAGGAGACAAGAAAUUAAUUGUACAACGAGCUAGCGUAGGCGCUAAGAAUCCUAUGAUUGGCGCACAAGCUCCAGUUCAAAUUCAGGUGCCUGGGUUAUCUAUGGUGGGCACAAGUGGACCAGCAACCGAGGUGCUUUGCCUGCUGAACAUGGUCACGCCUGAGGAACUAAUGGAAGAAGAAGAAUACGAAGAUAUUUUAGAAGACAUUAAAGAAGAAUGUAACAAGUAUGGUGUGGUUCGAUCUGUGGAAAUACCCAGACCUAUAGAAGGUGUUGAUGUACCUGGAUGUGGAAAAGUAUUCGUCGAAUUUAACAGCGUGAUUGACUGUCAGAAGGCGCAGCAAACUCUUACAGGACGAAAAUUCAAUAACCGUGUUGUUGUGACGUCAUACUUUGACCCUGACAAGUAUCAUCGCAGAGAAUUCUAAAUU